AUGCGAUUUAUCACACUUGGAGCGGGGGCAGCUCUCGCAACCCUUAGUCAAGCAUUUCUAUUACCUCCAGCCAUUUCGGAAUCUGCCAGCAAUGCUAUAGAUUCUUUACCUUUCGAUGCUGCUAUCGAGGCAGAAGGCAGAAUAUUGGCUGUCGACUGUCCUGGUUGUCCAAUCGCCGUCCAGACUUUGGAUUCACAGGGACGUCGACACGGUUUGUCGGGAUUGAAUAGACUCAUGUUCAAUUUUUCCGUCUCGCACGAUAAUGGUCUCGAUCGUGUACUUCUUAAUGGACUCCAAUUCUAUCCCAUCGAUAUGGACUCCAGUCUCGAACGUCUUUCAGCUCCACAAAUGAUCAAGACAACUCAAAACAAAUGGGUCGAAGCCGCAGAACCCGACCUAGGCUAUGCUUUACGUAUCCAUAAGCCAAUAUCAUAUUCUAAACAAGAUCAAAUUGAUCUGGUCAUGGCAACCCUUGAGAUUCUCGAAGUCGGAAAUACAUUCGUGGAUACCGUCAAUAACAUUGAACUCAAGAUUCUUACGACACCAAGUGGAAAGUUGAUGAUUGGCGAUGCACAAGUUGUACCAUCACCACCGAAGAGUCAUCUAUCUAACUCAAUCGAUGAUGGACAAGAGUGUACGACGGUGCUUUGCAAAUGGAGAGCAAUUAUGGCCGACAAACUCUCAGCUCUCAAAAAAGGCUGCGGUGGCCAAGCCCAACCAACUUCCCACAACAACAGACCUCAAGGUCAUGGACGUCCCCGUCCACACGGUCAUCAUGGAGGACACGACAGCCACAGAGGUCAUGGUGGUCAUGGUAGACCUCAUCGAUUCUCUCACAAACACCACGGCAUCGCCAGAUUCUUGCGAAGUGUUGUCCUACACGUCUUCAUUCCAGUUAUCAUUGGUGUCGUUGCAGGAAUCACUGCCAGUCUUGUUGGUAUGGUUGUUGGCCAUGUUGUUAUCUUCAUGUGGCGUUUAUUGUUCCGUAGAGGAUCUCAAAGCCAAUACACCAAGGUUCAGCAAGAAGAUGCUGGUGUUGAAGAGGGCAUCGAAGAAGAAAAAGGUCUCAUUCAACACCAAGGUCCACCCCCUGUUUACGCAGAUAUUGUCAGGGAAGAUAAAGAAUAA